CACACACACACACACACACACACACACACACACACACACACACACACACACACACACACACACACACCAACACCCAGUGGAGAAACAGCUGAAUUUCCACUAAAUGUCAUGCUAAACAUUAUAAAAGGGGUGACCUGAACUUUUUCCAGAGCAUUCGACCUAAUAAUUGCUCUCUUGCUUGCAUCUAUCUGACGCUCGCACAACAGAGGCACCACAAAGGCCUUUGCUGAGGAGAAGGAUAACGCUAAAGCACACACAUAGAGUGACAUCUCAAGGAAAAGCACGACAGACAAAGGUGUGGGAGGAAUGCUUCAAAAUGGUGUUGGAACACACAAAGGUGGAGAUAACCGGAGUAGCCACCAAAAUCAGUACCAAGAGGAAGACUUUUCUACCUUUUCCAGCAUACAGAUGAAGUCUAGAGAAAGUAGUUCAUCUCUGAUCUCAGCUAAACCAAUGGCUACCAAGGUAGCUGUUGCCUUGGACAGUGAUUUCAGAGGUUCUGGCUCAUCUGGUCAGGUUCUGGCCAAUGAAAAUACAAGCAAACAUUUUAGACAGCACAGACCAUCAGUACUACGCAAAGGCAACCAGCCGUUCCCACAAGUUUGUGGUGUUCAUGAGUGGGUUGUGGACACUGUGUGUAAGACAGAACCUGACAGUGACCUGUCAGACCCUGUGCCACUUUACACCAGCCAAUCUGAAAGCAGACUCAGUGCCUCCGUGUCAAGUCCCCAAACUGGCAUUACAGAGCAUACUAGCAAGCAUUCAUACAGUGUUCCAGGUGGCUUUCUGUGUGUUAAAGGACAAUGCGGAUGGCCUGGGUGCUCAAAGAGCCGAGAAGUGUUUAAAGAAUAUGGCCAUUUCUUAAAACACCUUUCAACUGACCAUGCUCCUGGGGACAGAAGUAUAGCCCAGUUGAGGAUGCAGAAAGACAAAGUACAAUACAUGGAGAAUCAGUUGACUGCAGAGAGACAGAAACUGCAGGCUAUGCAGCUACACCUGUUUGAUGUCAAAUCUACCUCUGAGGAUGGUAACAGUGUGGAGAAGUCAGGACAUCUGUCAGGACUCCUGCAACCUGCAGCAUGUCAGAACGCAAAUGGUGUCUAUGACAGCGACAGAGCGGCAGCUGAAGCGCUAACACAAGGAUACUGGCAGAUCUCUACCUCACACGUUAUACCAGGGAUUAUCCCCAGUUUUGAGUAUUAUAAGUUAACAAACAUGAGGCCACCUUUCACCUACGCCUCCAUGAUACGAUGGGCCAUCCUGGAGUCCCCAGAAAAACAGCUUACGCUGAAUGAAAUCUACCAUUGGUUUACCCGCAUGUUUUUCUACUUUCGUCACAACACUGCCACAUGGAAGAACGCUGUUCGGCAUAACCUCAGUCUGCAUAAGUGCUUUGUGCGUGUUGAAGGAAGGAAAGGCUCUGUUUGGACCGUGGACGAAGAGGAAUUUCUGAGAAGAAAAGGACAAAAGUUUCACAGGGAACAGGAUAUGGGCUGGAUGGCACCUUUUCACCUGUUUCCUGUGACUCCACAAGGUGAAACUUACCAGAUGUGAGGCCCAAAUGGACUCCUAUUAAUACAUUGCAACAAUUUCAAUCACUAACAAUAUGUGACUCUGAAGACUAUGUGAAGCUAUUUUGUAAAUAUCCUAACGUAAAUAUCAAAUUAAUUUUUGAUUCGAAAUAUGCGUUAAGAAUUUCAUUUGGACAACUUUCAGUUUUCUCAAUAUUUAGAUUUCUCAAUUAUUCAGCAGUUCAAAUAGUUGCAUCUUGACCAAAUAUUGUUCUAACGAUAUCCUAACAAAUCAUCGUUCAAUGGAAAUCUUAUUUAUUCAGCUUUCAGAUAAUGUAUAAAUCUCAGUUUUGAAAAAUGUAGCCUUAUAACUGGUUUUGUAGUCCGGGGUCACAUAUUAACAGUUCGUGUAAGAAUUAUAAAUAUUAUGAUGGUUUAAAAUGGUGGUUUUAAACGAAUAACUGGCUGUCUAUUUCAGACUUAAUUAUAGUUUUGAUUUUUGUUCUUUUUUUUAGAAAAAAAAUAAAUGUGUAAGGAAUCACUAUGAAGUUUACAUAGUCCAAAGAAGUGUCUUCAGCAAAUAUUAUCCUUUUUGAAUUUUAAAUGUACUGAUUAAAAUGUACAUUAAUUUUUAUCAUUCCUACAGUUGUAUCAAUAAUAAUGAUGUUAAUGGCAUCGUAUGUAAAUACAUUUAAUAUUGUACUUAAUAUUGAUAACUAUGCUGUUAAACAAUAACUGUACAUGUUCUUUCUAUGAAGUAAUGAUGUAUGCAAAUAAAGGUUCGAACUGAAAUGUAAUCCAGCACUGUUGGACUGUUCUUCUGCUACAGUAUACACUACACAACGUCAUGUUUUGCUUCUAUAAACUAAAAU